CGGCUGGGAAGGUCUUCUGAUGGGCGGCUCUUUCAACCACCUCACCUAUCCUCUUUAUUGCUUCGAGCAGGCUUCCUUUUUCCUUCCAUCCGCCUUUGUACGACUGAGACCUUGUGGCGGUGCAUGUGAUGUCACGGAUCUCAGCUGGUGCCUAGUAGUAUACGAGGGGCUCUGCUAAUUGGACGUCGCGGGGAAACCAUCGCAACGAAAAGUCUAGAAGAAAAAAAGGUUGAAAACGGAAAAACAGUCAUCGGUCUUAAUAGCCAUCUGAUAUGUGUUGUGACUCCACAGACGGAUCUCUUCGCGUGCUCCAUCGGAAUUCUGGAGCCUGAGCAAGGAUUUAUAUAGAUCCCCCACUUAUCGAUGCGUCGCAGACUCCACACCUUGCACACUUGUCUGUUUCUCCCAUCGUCUGGCUAGGGUUCAUGCGCCGUUGAGGAUGAGUGGCAUACACAGGUUUCUCACCAGGCGUGAGAAGAAAAACUCCAAAGAAGAGACGAACCUCCUUUCUCGCCCCCAUUUUCGUGGCUUUUUCUCAUCCGAUAAGAUCCCAACCGGAGACACCAACGAGGAGGAAAAGAAGAUCAAGAUCCUUGAGCAACGUGUCGCACAGCUUGGUAUCACCGGCUUGAAACCCGAACACUUCAGCUAUGCUCUGCAAUCAGACCAUGCGCAGGGGGAUGUAGACAAGGCGUUUGACAUGCUCAUGAUUCUUGAAGAUGCGAUCGAGGGCAUCAUCAGAGGAUACACGCCGACCACGAAGCUUCUUGGGGCGGUAAACCGCGAAGGAGUCACUUGCUACCUGGAUGCACUGCUCUUUGCCAUGUUUGCACGGUUGGAUUGCUUCGAGGCAAUUCUCUACAAGUCAUUCAAUGAUGAGCCCCGUCGGAAAUUAUCGAUACUGUUAAGGCUGUGGGUCAAUCUAUUGCGAUCGGGGAGACUCAUCACGACAGACCUUACAAAACAUUUGCAGGAUGCCCUUGCAGAAUGCGGUUGGGAGGAUGCGGCUAAGCUUCGCCAACAGGAUACAUCAGAGGCGUUUACUUUCAUCACGGAGAAGCUAGAGUUGCCGCUUCUCACAUUGAAGAUGGACAUUUACCAUACCGGGAAAGAGGAUGUGAGCGGCGAUCACAAGUUUAUCAACGAAAGACUGCUAGAAGUUGCGAUCCCCGAGCCCAGUGACGGCCAGACUGUGACCUUGGAAGACUGCCUGGAGUCGUAUUUCAAUAACAGGAUUGAGGUCAAGAGGUAUCUUGAGCGGCGUCACACUGUGGGAUCAACCAAGUCCAUUGAUUCAUUGGCCAAAGGCUGUACGACCCAUGUUGAGGCAAUCGAGGUUGGAUCGCCUUUAUCGCCAUGUUCAAGCCAGUCACCUUCUCCGUUGGAAGAAAUAACACCGGUGGCCUCGCUGACAGGAGUGGUCGACUCGGGUCCGCCACCUUAUCGACGGAGCAGCAUCGUGCAGGAGCGAUUUUUUCCCGAUGAUGCAAAAGCGAAGGACGGUACGAUUGUGUCUCACAGGAGAGGUUCAUACAGGAAAGAAGUCAUGAUGCCCGCGUGGCAAUUUUUCAGUUUAAUACCAUGGUACACGGACAAUACCCCGACAAAUGAUGCCCAAGUUGCCGCGCACUUCUCUUCGAAGCGACCAAUUCUAGGCAUGUGUCUAAAGCGCUAUUCCAUGACUCCGAGCGGCAAGGCAGUACGACUCAAUACAUUUAUCGACAUACCGACUGAAAUAGGGUUGCCCCAUUUCAUCCAGGAUGACAGUAUGGAUGAGGAAGGCCCCAUCUACGGAAACUUCAAGCUGUCUUUGCAGGCAAUGGUGUGUCAUCGCGGCAACUCAGUCGAUUCAGGGCAUUACAUCUCUAUUGUCAGGGGUACUAGUGCUGGUGCACCUCCAGCCAGCUCUCAUGGCCCGGACCAGGAUAUGACCUCCCCCGAUGCCUCAAGAUAUUGGAUGCGGUUUGAUGACCUGGCUAAGGAACGGGUCACGCUGGUCGACAUUGAACAGGCCAUGAAACACGAAUCGCCGUAUCUCUUGUUCUACCAGAUCUUGCCCAUCAACGAAGAUGCCGCGGCAGCCAAUCUGUUCGAUAAGCCACCGUCUUCCGAGAUGUCGGCAGAUUCUCGAGACUUGGAAAUCGGCAUUGUGCAGAGGCUACACAAACCGUCCGUAGACGAGCUUGGUGGUGAUCGCGUUGAGGGGUACGCUUCUGGACGGCCAAGUUUCGAAAUUACCGGCCCGGAUGGUGCAGACCCUGCGCCCAUGGGCCAGAACAGCCGAAAGCAAAGUGUGGCAUUCUCUGAAGUUUUCGACCCAAGUUCGAUGCAGUCUUACCCAUCAACCUCUCCGAGACUCACCCCACGAGACGACGAUGGCAGAGGCUCGUUCUCGUUUUCUCGACGCAGUUCUCGAGGCACAAGAAGCAAUCCGGGCAGCCGUGCAGGGAGCCAAGCCAGCGAGAGCAGGAUCAGCACUACCUUCUCACGGUUUACUGGGCGACUUAGCCGGGACAAGUUCACCGGCGACGGACUCACUGAAGGCGAUGGCGAUGAGUUGACGGAGACUGAGCUUGGCCUGGGCGAAAAGUUCGCCCUGCCUAGCAGCGAGCGUAAGGGCCGGAGCCCUAGACGGACUAAAGACUCCGAGAGGAUCAAGGGCAAGCUGAAGGACAAAUCGCGGGAGAAGAUUGGGCGGAAACUAGACCGGGAGUGCGUUGUGAUGUGACCACGUGGAUGACGAUGACGACUCGAUCUUUACGUUUCGCAUAGCUUUCUGUUUUUCAGAGUUAUUGCUUGAUGCGCUAGGAUGCCAGUUUGCAUGUUUGAAGGACAAGGGAAUCGAUACCCAGGCAUGGUGAUGUUUGUGUUUUCAUCUGGGCCUUUCUUUUCUCGUUGAAGGGUUGCAUCGGCGUUCUGUAGACUGCAUUGCGGGUUAAUAGAGUCGACAGGGUAAGCUCUUAAGCGUGUGUGGCAAUUGUUAUAGCAUCUAAUGUGAAAAUCCC